AUGGAACUGACAGAGUUUACCUUCAAUCCCAAGGAGGGAAUAGACAAUCCAGCCAUGGUGACUGCAGAUGAUACAGAGCCUGUGUCAAAGCCCUCACCACGUGUGUGUGUGCUGAAGAGGGAAGAUGGAGAAAUCUUUGGCUUCCAUCUGCGUGUGGAAAGAGGGCGGCAGGGUCACAUAAUCAGGCAGCUGGAUUCACUGGGUGUGGCAGAGAGGAGUGGGCUCAAAGAUGGGGACCGCCUGCUUGAAGUCAAUGAGAUGUUUGUUGACAAUGUGGAACACAUGGAGGUGGCCCGUAGGAUUCAGGUGAGUGGAUCACAACUCUGCUUCCUGGUGUUAGAUGAAAAGGCCUACAAGCUGGCUGUGUCUGAGGGUCGUGACCUUAGAGA